AUGGAGAUUACUACAAUGUUUAAUAUUUUUGCAAAUAACGGAUCUGAUUACUUUACUCUACCUUUGAUACGCGAUUGGAAUCCACUAGUUAAUAGGAAACGGGCAAAAUCGAACAGGAGAAAGCAAAAUAUUCAAAAAAAGCAAGGAUAUAGUGGCCGUAGGACUCGUCUCCUGCACGAAAGUGGUCGGGAUAUCUUUUCUGAGAAGAAAUGCACAAUAAAAAAACUGAAAAGACGCCUUUAUUAG